UCAAAUUUAUUUUUAUUUAAUUUUAAUGGUAGAUCUUUAAACCCACUCUCUCUCUCAAAUCAAACGUUCCUCUCUUCUCUUCUUCCUCAGCCGCGGGCCAUCUUAUUCCUUCACAGUUCGCCGCAGUUGCCAUGGCUUACUCAGAGGUUCCGACGGCGUCAACGGAGGCGAUUAAGUUUGCUUUCUUAUCUGACGAGGAGGUGCGACAGCACAGCUCUCUGAGGGUUACCGACCCAUCUUUCCUUACUCAAUUAGGAAACCCCGUGGCCGGUGGGCUAUACGAUAAGGCACUGGGCCCAAUUGAUUACAAACCCGGCGAAAGUUGCGGAACAUGUGGUGAGAAGUCACGUAAUUGCCCGGGUCAUUGUGGUCAUAUUGACCUUGCUUUGCCAGUUUAUAAUCCCUUGCUGUUCAAUACUCUUUACAAACUUCUACAAAGAAUGUGAUUCUUCUGCUACCAUUUUCGGACAGACCGAACACUUGUAAUUGAACUUUGAUGAAAUAAAAUUUGUUUCUUGAGGCCAUA